CACGCGAAAUAAAAAAUCGAGGAUCCUCCAGGUCACUGAGUCUGCAGAAGUGGAUAACCAAUUUUCCUCACUCGCCUCUCUCCAAGCAAAUCCAUGGCGGCAGCUACAGCAACUACUCAGCUAUGCCUCUCUCCUUCAUAUUCCUCGGCAACCCACAAAUUUAAAAAUUCCACCUUUUGCACUCUCCUUCCUAUUCACAAAUCUCACACUCCAUCUUGUACAAGAAGAGUUAUGGCCGCCGCCUCUGGGAAAUACACAGACUUACUUGGCGAUUUCGGAGCCAGAGACCCAUUUCCAGCUGAGAUUGAGAGCAAUUUCUGCGAGAAUGUGUUAGGAAACGCCGGCACUGAACACAAGAUACUCAUCCCAAACGCUUCUGCUCUCUCUCUUGCUCAACUGGACUGCGUUCCCAUUAGUCCCCGUCAACCUCCCAUGUCUGAGUUUGAAGCUCGCCAGAUGCUACUUAAGGUUGUUGGGUGGAGGCUGAUAGAUGAAGAAGGGGGGCUCAGGCUGCAAUGUACAUGGAAAUUGAGAGACUCUGGCUGUAGUGUUGAACUCAUCAAUAGAAUACAAAAGGCGGUGGAAGGGACCGGUCAUUCCGCCUCUAAUCUUCACUUAGAGCAGCCGAAGGAAGAGCCUAACCAAGUUAGAGCUCAUUUGUGGACUGCUUCCAUGGGAGGGUUGAGCUUGAAUGACUUCAUUGUAGCUGCCAAAAUAGAUACGGUUAAAACAUCUGACCUUAUCCCCAGAAAGAGAGUUUGGGCGUAGGGUGGUAAGGG